AUGUUUAAAGGGUAUUUCUUGGUUGGUUCAUUUUGUAUGCCACGGAUUGGGCGAAUAAUGGACUGUAGAGCCCCUUCAGCAUGUCGAUCUGUUCGCUUAUACACGAGCAAACCGCCUUUAAAAAGUUUGGGUGCCGCUUUUGAAGAUUUAAAACAGAGAUUGGAACCUUACAGUCAGACUACAAAGAUCAAGUACCAGGAAACUUCUAAUAUGUUGAGACAAUAUUCUACUCAGUUCAAGUUUCAUUUGAACAAAGCCAAAAAGGCAGUGCAAGACGCCAAUCAAAAGUUUUUAGAACAGGAGAAGGGACAACAGAACAAUAUGUUAGGCUUUGAUGAUGAUCUAGAAAACAAGGGGAAAAUACAAGGUUUACCUUCAGAACGUGAGCGUAACAGAAAUAGAUGGUCUCGAAAGCUGGAAUUUUACUUGGACUCUUUGCAAGAAACAAUAUUCACAGCGACCAAGGCCCUCAACGAUGUCACCGGUUACUCAUCUAUCGACAAAUUACGGAAAUCCAUUGAAAUGAUGGAAGACCAAUUGAAAGAUGUCAAGAAAACAGUAGCCCAUUUACGAGAGGUACACAAAAAUGCGGUGGUAAUCCGGACGCAAUCACAGCAACAAAUGAAUGAGUUGUUGCAAAGGAAGCACUUGUGGUCUCCGCAAGACCUCGAAAAGUUUACUCAUCUCUACAAAGUAGACGCUGAAAAUGUGAAAUCUGAGGAAGAAGCCAAGUUAAAGCUGGAGGCCACGGAAGCCAAGGAAGAAGAGCUAUCUAAUAACUUGCAUCGGGCUAUAUUAACAAGGUAUCAUGAGGAACAAAUUUGGUCUGACAAGAUUCGCAGAACCUCCACUUGGGGCACCUUUAUUCUAAUGGGAUUUAAUAUUUUAUUAUUUCUCAUUGUUCAACUGGUCUUAGAACCCUGGAAACGCCGCAGAUUAACUAAUUCUUUCGAGAAUAAAGUUAAAAUAGCCUUGGAACAGAAUUCAGUCGAGCAAAGUAACAGGCUUGAUCAAAUGAGCUCCCAUCUUUCCACCAGCAUCGAAGCAAAUAAGCAGGCCUCCGUAAAUAAUUCAACCAAUACAUUUUCACAGCCUGAAUCUUCCAAAGACAUUCCGGAGCAACCUAACCCCUCCACACCUCCCACCAAUGAUAAUAAUCUCAUCACAGCUGAGCCCAUAGAAUUCUCUCCUCUGUGCUUCCAAUCUUUGGACAAUUUUAAAUCUACAGCCGAGGCAAACCUCAAGGCAUUGCGUCAAUUGAUAGUGCUCCUCUUCCAUAGAGCGACAAAAGUCUGCUUACCAUCAGAUGGUCAAUUGAACGCUAUCCCCACCCCCAAAGCUGAUCUUUAUACAAUUGCAAUAUUCUCAACUGGAAUGAUAUUUGGAUAUAUAGUCAGAUUUUAG